UCAUUUGUCAAACACGUUCAAAGCAUGUUUUUGUAACAAAAUAAAUGCAACUGUUGCCGAUCGUGUUCCAGAUAUUAUUCGUUAGAUUUAAUAUACAUAUUGAAGUGAAUUCAACAAAAAAAUAAAUAAAAAAUGUCAGAAGGUGGUGCUAAUGAUGGAGGCAAAAAUAGCUAUCGCAACAAAAUAAAGAAAAGAAAGAAGAAGUUUUUGGCCAAUGUUAAAGGCUUCGGCAAACAAGGGAAUUUCGGUCGUGGUACACAUUUGGAGAGUGACGAAUGGAAUUACUACAUCAACAUUUUGGACGUAAUGAAGAAAGGCUUUGAUUCAAUAGACGAAAAGACAACCAUGGCCGAUAAUGUCCUCGAGCAAACGAUUGGCAAAGAAAUUCAUACAGCUUCCAAUCAAAUAGCUUGCACAAUUAUUGAAGCAUUGCUUCCGUUUUCGAAUGCCGAAAAUUUUGAGCGUUUCCAAACAACAUUUGCAUCAAAUUUUCGGCCAAUUUGUUCGGACAAAUUUGCGUCACACAUUCUCGAGAAACUCGUUUCGAUUUCAAUGUUACGCGCGGUGAGUGCUGAAAAUGUUGAAGAUUUAUCAGAAUCAAGCGAAACGCCACAGGCAAAAAAACGAAAAGCAACCGAAAUUCCAAGUGAACGGGAUUAUAAUUUGAAAACACAAUUUAGCGAUGAACAUCGGCAAAUAUGCCGUGAAUUUGUUGUGAAGGCUAGUAAAUUUUUGAUGAAUAAUUUGGAAGAUUUUGUAUGGGAUACAUAUGGCAGUCAUAUAAUGCGUACAUGUUUCGAUAGUUUAAGCGGUGUAUUUCAAAUCAAAAAGAGUUUUAUCGGCGGCGGCGGCGGCGGCGGUGGUGGUUCCACCGAGAGUAAAACUACGGCUAUCGAUAAGAAUUUAACUGUGCCGGAUGAAUGGCUGGAAAUUUUGCAAGAAUAUGCGAAAAGACUACAGGCAUGGCCACAGUUUCCUGAUUUUCCAUACAAUGAAUUAUCAUCAGGAUUGGUGCAGAGUUUGUGUACAGCAUUACAUACGCGUGAUAAAAGCACAAUCAAACAUAUGGGCAAACGGCUGCUUAACGAAGCAUUUUUACCAACUGUUGCACAAUCCAAAGCGAACGAUGAAAAAAUUGAUGUGGAAGAAGUGAAGUAUGAUAUUGACGGUGAAGCCGAAGUUAAACCAGAUACGGACGUACAAAAGUCCGAAGAGAAUGAUUCGGCUGAAGGUGAAGCGUCUAGCAAACAAACUGAAGAUACAAUUGACCAAAAUAUGCCAUCAGUUUUCAGUAGUGAACCGGCCAUUCGGUGUUUGGAAACAUUCAUUCAAAUUUCCGGUCCAAAAUUAUUUACACAAAUCUAUGCGAUGCUCUUCUGCGGACGUUUGGUCAAAUUGAGUACAGUUCGAUUGACAAAUUUUAGUGUGCAAAAAUUAUUGGACCGUGCCAAAGAGAAAGAAGAAUUCGAAGCAAUUUUUGAUGAAUUGGAAGGUUCAAUCGAGCAAUUACUUCAAAUUGGUCAUACGGGCGUUGUUAGUGCAUUGGCCCAAGGAUGUUUACGAUUGUGUACACGUCAGGGUCCAUUCAUGAAGGCCAUUCAAAGUGCAUUGGAUUGCGUGCAACCGAAAGAAAAAAGUGACAAAUUUGCAAUGCUCGUAUUAAAAUUGAAGCCAUACAAAGUGGCCAUGGAAGAUAAAUCGAAUUUCAUUCACAUACACGGUGCCGUCAUUCUACAGGCAAUGCUUCAAUUUAACAAACCGAUUAAAUUGGUUCAAUGCAUUUUGGACACCAGCAAUGAUGUGUUAACGGACAUUUUUUGUUCACCAAAGGGUUCACAUGUUGUUGAUGCAUUCAUGGAUAGCAAAGCUGUUGGUGAAAAAUCAAGAGAGAAAUUAAUACGUCACAUGAAUGAUUGCUACUUGCAAAUGGCAAUAUCAAAACAUGGAUCAUGGUCGGUUGAAAAACUAUUCAAUUGUGCUAGCGAUGCACAAAAGUCACGAAUCGUUAAAGAGCUAAGCGAAAAACAGAAUCAAUUGAAUGGCAGCCCAUUUGGACGACUUUUAAAUCAUAAAUUUCAUGUGGAUACGUAUCGUUUAAGCCCGGAGCAAUGGCGUGCUUCUUUCAAGAAAGAAACUAAAGCCGAUCGUCUAUUUAAGGAUAUUUUGUAAACAAAUUGUUAUGAAUGGGUUAAAAAGAAAAUCGAAAUUUUUUUUAGAAA